AGACUUUCCAUACUGGUUAUGAUACAGCACCAUUCGGAGUUAUCCGUCUCUCGUGGUCUAGAAACAGAUCGCCUACGUGAAGUGCUUCUUCGUGGAUUGUGUGACCGUUUACGGUCGUUACGACAUUUAAGUUAACAUGUAAAUGUACGACGUAAUUCUGUAAUAUCAUUCUGGGCCGUUUGAAGCUUUUCUUUGACUGAAAAAACCUCGGCAUUAGAAGAUUUCGUGAUUUCUAAGAUGUGGUCGGCAGAUGCAGCCAGCUCGUCUAAGACGUUGUUCUGAAACGAGACCAGCACAGCUUGCACCUAUUGAGGAAGUUUGGAUAAGAAAUGUUGUUUGAAUAGGCCAUCAUCGUAGGUUCUUUGGCAUAUAACCUCUCUCAUUCCUUGUAACAUGUUUGUCGCUGAACCGUGUUGCCAGCCGAUGUUAUUAAAGACUUGGUCUAACCUUUGUCGAUCAGUUAGGUCUCUGCGUCUAAGGAUAGAUCGUUUCAGUGUCUCGUAGGGUUCCGAAGCAUCACUAGUAAACACGCUAGGUGUUACGUACCUGUUGAAUUCGCGCGGUAUUGCCUUGACUACUGCGAGGAAUUGUGCACUUAUGUCGUUCACGCCAUGCUCGUAGAAGUUGGCUUCUGUGUAGCAGAGCCAGGCUUUGAUGUUGUCUGGACAGAAGGGCAUUAGUGAGAACUCAAGUACUUUGGGUGUCUGUUCAGUCAUGGUGAAGUAUCGGAGUACGAGAAUGAACGAGUGAGAAAAUAUAUUUAUCAAAAACACGGAAAAAAUCACAGUGUAUAAAAAACUAGAAUAAGGCAAUGAUAUGUAAAAUCCCAAAAAGGAACAGACCCUCAGUAGGCGGAGCGUUUACAGGCGCGUCCCUUGAAGUGUUUCACGUUAUGGAUCGUAAGACAGUCAUCAAAAGCAAACUACAAGGAAUAGAGAGCUAUAACCCUGAACACAUAACAGCACUUGAAGAACAUCUUUCAUGGCAGAUCAUAAAUAAUGAUUAUGAUUUCGAAGCUAAUUUAGCUCUGCUUAGAUUAUAUCAGUUCUAUCCGGAACGUUUCAAUGCUGAGUGUGCGAGGUUAGUGCUGCUGAAGGCAAUUAUAAGCAUGAGUCACUCAGAUUUUACAUUGUGCAAGUACUUGAUUCACCUAGAACAUCUCAGUGAAGAGCCACUUUCACAGGUUGUGGAACUUGGGUUUCUCCUGGAGACCUGUCGGUUUUCUGAGUUUUGGACGAAAAUUAAAGAAAACCCCAAAGUUUUUUCUGCUAUCCCUGGAUUCCGUGAAUCUGUAUGUAGAUUUAUUGUCCAAAUUAUAUCUCAAACAUAUCAACGUAUAUCAAAACCCUUAUUAAUGAGCUUUUUGGAUAUGUCAGAGAAUGAUUUAAAACAAUUUAUUAAACAAUUUGAAUGGUCCGAAAUCACUGAUCAUCAUAAUCAACUUAUCUUAAUUAAUAAUCAUGAAGAGAAUAUUAAAUCAAUACAAAUACGUGAACGUGUCAAUUUCGAUUCGAUCACAUCAAUGUCCGGUGCAUUUAGACCAUCAAAAAGUGAUUUUUUCAUUAAAACUAACAUACAAUCAUAAUCAUCAUGUCAAUCAAUCAAUCAAUCAAUGAUUUAUUUCAUUAAAAAAAAAGAAAAAAGAAUAUUCCAUUUUUAAAUCAUUGAAAUAGAAGAAAAAUCUUCUUUGUGU